AUGAGCUUCGACUAUCGGGGGAUCAUACUCCUCAGCCUCCCAGGAGUCAGUAAUCAAAGUCCAUCCAGCUCAGAGGAGCAUGCCACACCUGCAGGGAAAGGACCUGAACAAGACGACGGUGGGACGGGUCCCAGUGAAAAGGAAGAUGGUGUAUUCAGCAUCAUUCUGCUGGGACAAACUGGGACUGGAAAGAGCGCAUCUGCAAACACCAUCCUGGCUGCUGGGAAGCACCAGCAGGACAAAGGUCAGGUCUUUGAAUCCAAGCCGAGCUCCAUGCCAGUCACCACCAAGUGUAAGGAGAAUAUAGUAGCAAUAUCUGGAACCAAGGUCCGAGUGGUCGAUACCCCAGACUUCUUUUAUGAAGAUGAACCUAUAGACGAAGCACAGGUAGAGGAGUGUAAGAAGUACUGUCAGGAAGGGCGGUGUGUGGUGUUGCUUGUGAUACAGCUGGGGAGGUUCACCGAUGGUGAGAAAGGAAUAUUAGAGAAGCUGGAAGACAAGCUUGGCUGGAAAAUCAGGAAAAACACAAUCAUCCUGUUCACACAUGGAGAAGAUUUGACAGGAACGGUGGAAGCGUUUAUCGGUGAGCGCAGCGACCUCAAGCACAUCGUGGAAGCUUGCAGCAGUCGUUACCAUGUAUUCAACAACAACAACUCCAAGGACACUAAACAAAUUCGCUUCACUCUCAACUAG